CGGUGCGGAGUGCGCACACGGAAGCAAAACCAAGCUGUGACGCUGUCAAAUCUGCUCACUCCUUUUUCUGGUGACAACAAAAAAGCAGCGCUUUUAUUUAUUUCCUGUGCGACCACCAUGAGGUCUGUUUUCUUCUUUAUGCUGGUGUAUUUCUACUUGGUCAUAGGGACAACUUCAGACCAACCUCCCAUUUUAAAUACAAAUGUGCCAGGUCAAACAAACACCCAAAAUGACAAACUGAGUGAGCCCAAUGAAGUGCUUACUGCUACCACAUCUCAAGAUAAGACUACUGGGAAAGAUACUUCUAGGAUGCCGCAGACACAGAAAAAAGCACAUGCAGAAGUUGUAAACUCCCAAAACAACAAAGCUAAGAAUAAAGACCUGGGAGAUGGGAAGACGGGAACAGCUGACAAUAACAACAUAUCAGGGGCUACAGACCGCAAAGGAGAACACCCUGAAGAGGAAGGUGUGAAAAAAAAAGAUGAAACAGGAGCCAAGCCUGCCAAUGACAUGUCCGAAAAAGACCUCAGCAAGGAGACCAAAGCAGAUCUUGCAGAGGGCGUAACAAAUGUUGAACACAUCAAGCCGGGGAGUUCAGAACCUGGGCCUGCCUCAGAUAUAAAACCCGAAAAAGGCACCGCAAAGGAGGCACAACCAGAAGGCGAGGUCCCAAAACCUGCAGACAGACUUCCAAACAAGGAGAAUUCAGACAAGGAUUCUGCCGAAGAGUCACAAUCUGAAAAAAAAACUGACAUUGAGGUAAAACCAGGAGAUGAAGCCAAGAAUGUAGAAAUAGAGAACCACCACUAUGAUGUAAGUGAUGUGGCAGAAAGCAGCCAUUUCUUCGCAUACCUGGUUUCUACAGUAGUGCUGGUGGCAGUGCUUUACAUCGCUUACCACAACAAACGCAAGAUAAUUGCUUUUGCUUUGGAGGGAAAGCAAUCAAGAUCUGCUCGUCGUCCAAAAUCCACAGAAUACCAAAAACUGGAACAGCAUUUGUAACCAGAUGUUGUUUUCUUGACGCUGAAUACACUGUAGGGUGGAAUCAGAAGAUGAUGAGCGGAUUUGAUCAUUAUAACUGACAUAAAUUUUGGCCCGUGUUGACGUUGUUCUACUCUGUAGAUGGAUGCUUAUUGCAUGACUAUGCAGAUCAUACUGUUGCCUUCUUGUCAGAAUGAGUACAAUACAGUGAAAGCAAAGUGUUCAUGCUCUUUGCACCCCUUUCUUUAUUCCACUUUCUAAUAAUAUAACUGCAAAGACUCAGGAAAAUUUGGUAGCAGAUGAAAAUUUUAGCUGUUUUUCCGUGUUAUGUCUUGCUUUGUUUGUACAGCUAUGACUGCACUGUGAACCAAAAUAUGCCAUUGUGACUCCUUUAUAAUCAAAUUCUGAGAUUUUUUUUUUAAUGCUUUAUAAAUUCUUAAAAGCUGCCUGCCAACAUGUAAGGACAGUUUGCAUGUGUUUGCAGUUUGCAUUUUGUUCUUAUAAAACAUUUUUCCAAAACUUUUUGAAUGCGGUGAUUAGAUUUGCUUUUAUAACGAGAAGUGAAUUGGAAGGUUUACUGUAAAACAGUGUAUGGCUCAAAGACUGGAACCCUGGUAGCCUACAGAACCCAGGUACUAAUAACGCAUGUCAAUGUUUUGUUGAAUCUAGAUAUCUUGAGACUUACAAAUUUUGAGUUUUCUAAAAUGUAUGUUGUUGAUGUACGGCACUUUCCCUGUUCUGUAGGAAAAAAAUGUAUACACUGGCAUUGAAAGCAGGAAACUAUGCUAGUUCCUGAACUAUUUAACAUGUUCCUGUGUUGGAUGUGGCGUAACCACUCCCAGGUGUCACAGUUAAUGUCACUUUUUUUGCAGCGCUAUCUGUAAACCGUCACCGUGUUUACUCUUGAUGUUAUCUGAAGUCUUUGUGAUGGCAACCUCAUUCUUAUGGAUUUUUACCAAUUUGCUGCUUUUUGUCAAACUGACCAACAUAUGCAUUUAUUGACAGGUGAUCUGCACUUUUGAAGAAAAUGUAUAAAAGCUUGAAGUCGAAGAUAAAUAAAAUAUUUGUACUAGAGUAGAUUUUUAUCAGA